AUGACCGACGACCAAGCCAACGUCACCUGUGCCGCGACCACUCGCUCACAGACCCGAGCCGCAGGCAGAGUCCCAACGUCAAGCCCCCUUGCACUCCCAGGUCUUGGAGUGACCCGCGAGGAAUUGAUACGUUUGCAAAAGGAAGAUCCGCAACUACGUGAGUACUUUCCCACUGGCAACCCAACUACGCCAGAAGGAACCUCCUUUCGAGUUACAAAAUCUAUUCUGUACCGACACUUCAAGACGGAUCGACACGCGGACAUCGCUCAAGUUGUCCUACCACAGGCCUUACGAAGUCCCGUACUUCUCUACGCACAUGACAACCCCUUUUCGGGACACAUGGGAACACGAAACACCAUGCAGAAGGUCCUAAGUCAUUUUUGGUGGCCAGGAGUACGACGCGACAUAAGAAAAUACUGUCAAACUUGUGACAGCUGCCAGCGGACUGCAGCGAAGGGAAGAAAUACUCCCGUUCCUAUGACAAAGAUGCCCAUUAUCGGUGAACCAUUCCAGAGAAUUGCCAUCGACCUGGUAGGCCCCCUUAAACCAUCUUCGGAAGAGGGACACACCCACCUUUUGACAGUCAUCGAUAUGGCGUCCAGAUACCCUGAGGCUGUACCACUUAAAAAGACGGACAGCAUGACGAUCGCCGAAGCUCUUAUAACCAUCUUCAGCAGAGUGGGCUUCCCACGCGAGAUCCUGUCGGACCGUGGAUAUCAGUUUACCUCAGACCUGAUGCGUGAGGUGCUCAAGUUACUUGCCAUUCAGCCCUUGUACACCACGCCCUACCAUGCCCAAACGAACGGGAAGGUGGAAAGGUUUCACGGCACCUUAAAACCUAUGCUCCGUCGAGUCAUAAGCCGACACCCACGCCAGUGGCACCGGUACAUACCGGCGAUAUUAUUCGCCUGUAGACAGACCAUAAAAGCCACCACUGGAUUCUCCCCGUUCGAACUUAUUUACGGGAGAAGAGCACGCGGGCCCUUAGAUCUUUUUGCUGACGCAUGGACAGAGGAGACGCAUGAAGUGGAAGGGAAACCCCUCUUCCAAUACGUCGUAGACUUAAAAAACAUAUUGCAAGAGGUGCGAGCACAGGCGCAAGAAAACGAGAAGAAUGCCACCGAGCAAUAUCGGAAGCAAUAUGACAAGAAAAACACUGCCCGAAAAUUUACUGAAGGGGAAGAAGCCCUGAUCUUGUUGCCCACUAACCACAACAAACUCUUAAUGCAAUGGAAGGGACCCUACACCAUCGUUAAAUGUCAACACCCUGAUUACCUGCUGGACUUGCCUUCUGGUCAGAAGCUGUAUCAUAUCAACAUGUUGAAACAGUAUCACAGGCGGGAGGAAACAUCACCAGUCAAUUUUGCCAGUGCUGUAGAAGAAAUCACUCUUCCCUCUACUGUUCCUCUGCCUAUUAACUUUGUCGAAAUCCUUUCCCACGAAUUCUGCCCUCAACAUCCUUCAACUCCUAACUACUACGAACCGCCCAUUUCCCCUACCACCCACUCAAUCUCUUGUAAUGUGGCGGUCCUUCAGUCUCCUGAGUCUGCAGACGACAUCCCCAUACCUACAGUGACCAACUCAGCUUCAGAAAGCUCAGCAGACAUACAUAUAAAUCCAGAUCUGCCGCUACCACGCCAACUGGCUCUCCAGAAGUUGUUCAACCAGCACAAACAAAUUCUUACUGCUCGGCCUGGACUGUUUCAGGGCUCAAUUGAACAUGAAAUAAGACUAACAGAAGAAAAGGUGGUUAGGCAGAAACCCUAUCCCGUCCCUUUUGCCCUUCAACAACAAAUCGAUGAGGAAAUCGAGAAUAUGCUGGAACUGGGAGUGAUAGAACCAUCUACCUCACCUUAUUCGUCACCCGUCUUAUUAGUCAAAAAGAAAGACAGAUCAGUACGCUUCUGUGUGGACUAUAGAGCACUAAAUCAAGUCACUCAGUUUGACGCUGAACCUAUACCCGACCCGGAGGCGGUAUACGUAAACUUGGCCAAUGCCAAGUUUUUUAUCAAGAUCGAUCUGGCAAAAGGCUACUGGCAAAUUCCGGUCAAGAGGGAAGAUCGCCAUAAGACCGCCUUCCAAACAACCAAGGGCCUAUUCCAAUGGACACGAAUGCCAUUCGGAUUGGUUACGGCGCCAGCCACUUUCGCACGUGCCAUCCGCUCACUACAGUUAGAACAAUAUGCAACAUAUCAUUUCUUCGACGAUCUACUGGUAGGGAGUGACUCAUGGGAAAACCACUUUAUCUCACCUUAA